AUAAUUAUUCAUUUUCUUAGCCAAAACCAAUGAGGUUCCGGUCACUUUGACGGUAAGUAUUACACAUCGUUUAUACUUUGGUAGUUUUUAUGUGGCUAUUUUAUAAAUUAACGAAAUUUCUGGUAAAAAAUUAUUUUUGCAACUAAUUUUUCUAUGGAUAAAAGCAGCGAUUUUGAUGAUGGCAAAGCUGAAAAUGGCAUGGGCUACUUUACUUUGGAAUCAGCGAAUGAAAGUGUGAAUGGUAAUGGCAGACGUGGAUCGUCGGCAUGGAGCAAGCCAUUGUCAACGCUAUUAUCCAUUGUGAAGCACAAAGGAGUGCAUACUACUCCUAUAGGUCUACUUUUUGGAAUUUCAUAUGGAGUAUAUCAACCAAUUUUCGUGGAGUUGCUCAAAGACAGAGUAUGUCGAGUAUUACAAGCUUAUCCUGCCAAUUUUUGCGAUACUGUGGGACAGGAAGAUUUGAGCAUAUUUAACCACUCCGGACCAGCGAAUGACGUUCAAAGCACAACUUCGAACUACGUGUUUUACGCCAGUUUAAUUGCUAACGUUCCUUGUUUUAUUUUCUCUUUGUUUGUUGGAUCAUGGAGCGAUCGUUUUGGACGAAAAACACCUUUACUGACGUUAUUUUUCGGAUUGUUUUUGUGUGGAAUAACCGCCAUUAUUCUCUCGUACAUCGAUACACACCCGGGUUAUUUGUUAUUUUGUGCUGCCUUUCAGUCAGCUUUCGGCGGAUGGGUGAUAUAUUACAUAACCAUCUACAGCUAUGUUGGCGACCAUACAACCGAAGAAACGCGGGCGUUGGUCAUCCUUCUGGUCGGCGGCUCCACUACGGUGGGCGAUAGUUUGGGACGGUUAAUCGGGACAUCGAUGGUAUCUCAGGAUUUUGGCUUCGCCGCACCGUUUUAUCUGUUUACUGUUAUUCAAAUUGUUUCGGUUAUUUAUAUCGUCGUAACUGUUCAAGAUUUACCGAUAUUUGCGGCUGAAACGUCCGAAAAACUGAAGCUAAGCAAUUUGUUCGAUAUCAAAAGUGUUCAAGCCAACUGGGCGGUUUUGCGGCAGGAGAGAUUUGGAAACGGUCGCCGGUACAUUCUAAUGAUGGUCAUCGCGUAUGCAACAGCAACUAUUUGUUUAGACAGCGAAGCUGCCAUACUGCAGCUUUUUGUGGAAUUUCAGCCACUGGGGUGGACUAUCCAGAAAUACGGCGCGUUCGCAACGACUCAAGGAUUGUCCACUGCGGCGUUUUUAGUAGUAACGGUACCGAUAUUCAAGGAAAAGCUUAAACUGCGAGACACGACACUUGGAAUUGUGAGCGCCACAUCCUGUGUUGGAGCUUUUAUUUCUUACGCACUGUCCACGAAGUCUUGGAUGUUAUACAUAUCUCUUAUUCUGGGAUUAUUUCGGCCUUUGAUUCUGGUUUCGAUCCGUUCCAUAAUUUUAGGAUUAAUCGCCAAAGGGGAAAUUGGAAAACUAAUGGCCAUUGUCGGUUCUACUCAGGCAGUUAGCGCAAUAGUUACUGCACUGAUAUUUAUGAAUAUUUUCAGCCAGACUGCAGCAUGGUGGCCUGGGUUUGUUUUUAUUGUUAUGGCAAUUUUUAUGGGUGUUUCCUUAACGGCAAUGGCAUACGUCCACGUUAGUGCGAGAAGAAAUAACGUCUCAACCAGCUGAUAAAGGAUGUUGAUCAUGA